GACAGAACAACCUGCUCCAGCAAUUUUUCUUGUUUAUACGAAACAUGAAAAUCGUAGAGGUUUUCAGGGUAGCACCCAUUUUGGGAUCAGAAGAGUUACCUACUCAAACUUCGUUUUCUCUUACCUUCUUCGACAUACUAUGGUUAAGGUUACCACCUGUUCAACGCAUUUUCUUCUAUGAAUUUCCUCACCCAACCUCAUUCUUCUUCGAUACCCUUCUUCCCAAACUCAAACACUCUCUUGCUCUUGCACUUGGCUGCUACUUUCCUCUUGUUGGACACGUCACUUGGCCCAUUGAUUCCAACAAACCCAUCAUCAACUACGACAAUGGUGACACUGUUUCCCUCACUGUUGCUGAAUCUGAUGCUGAUUUCAACCAUCUAGCUGGCACGGAUCUUUGUGAAGCUAAAGAAAUUCACCAUCUUUUACCUCACCUGAACAUAUCCCAUGAACAAGCUACGGUUGUGGCCUUUCAAGUCACAUUAUUUCCAAACACUGGACUUUCCAUUGGAAUCACUUCACACCAUGCUGUUCUAGAUGGCAAAACUUCAACAUCAUUUGUCAAAUCAUGGGCUUAUCUUUGCAGCGACCUAGGAGAAUCACCCUCUUCUUUGCCACCUCAACUAAGUCCUUUUUAUGAGAGGGUCAAAGACCCCAAGGAACUAGGAACAAUAUAUGCCAAUGAUUGGCUAAAACACGGUGGACCCAACAACAGAAGCCUUAUGGCUUGGGAUCUGCAAGUUCCAGAAGACGCAACAAGAGGCUUAUUUCAAUUGUCACGUUCAGAUAUUGAAAAGCUCACGCAAUUUGUAGUGUCCAAGAAGAAAGGGAACAAGAAGCUUCACUUGUCAACGUUUGUGUUAUGUGUUGCCUAUGCGUGGGUUUGCAGGGUGAAAGUUGAGGAAGUGAAAGGCAAAAGGGUUAUUUUAGGUUUCAGCAUCGAUUGCAGGGCAAGGUUAGAGCCACCUCUUCCUCCAACAUAUUUUGGAAACUGUAUUGGAGGAAGAGCUGCAGUUGUUGAAAAAAGAGAAUUGUUGGGGGAAGAUGGACUAAUUGUGGCUGUUGAAGCACUGAGUGAGGCUUUGGAAACACUGAAAGAUGGAGUGCUGAAUGGAGCAGAAAAUUUGUCUUCAAGGCUUCUUAAUGGUGUUACCACUGAUGACAAGAUAAUUUCCAUUGCUGGGUCACCCAAGUUUGAAGUUUAUAGUUGUGAUUUUGGGUGGGGAAGACCAAUGAAGGUGGAGAUGGCUUCUAUAGACAAAACUGCAGCAUUUAGUGUUUCAGAUAGCAGAAAUGGGGAUGGGAUUCAGAUAGGUUUUGUGUCUAAGAAAGAAUCAAUGGAAGCCUUUGCUUCUCUCUUUGCCAAAGGCCUUGAAUCUUGA